AUGGCUUUGUUUCUUUGCUUCCUCUUCUUCCUUCUCAUCUCCUCUGCCUCUGCUUGUGACCGCUGUAGGCACCAAUCCAAGGCAGCCUAUUUCUCCACAGCCUCUGCACUUUCAUCUGGGGCUUGUGGAUAUGGUUCCUUGGCCUUGGGACUUGGUGGAGGACACCUUGCAGCUGGUGUGCCUUCCCUCUACAAAGAUGGAGCUGGCUGUGGUGCAUGCUUCCAGAUAAGAUGCAAGAACACAACUCUUUGCACAAAACAAGGGACCAGAGUUACUUUGACUGAUCUCAAUAAAAGUAAUCAGACAGAUUUUGUUCUCAGCAGCAGAGCUUUCAUGGCCAUGGCUCAAAAGGGUUUGGGCCAAGACAUUUUGAGACACGGCAUUGUCGAUGUCGAAUAUAAGAGGGUACCAUGUGAAUACAAAAACCAAAAUCUAGCCUUGCGUGUGGAAGAAUCGAGCCAAAAGCCACAUUACUUGGCAAUCAAAAUUCUGUAUCAAGGUGGUCAGACAGAAAUAGUAGCCAUUGAUGUUGCUCAGGUUGGUUCUUCAAAUUGGGGUUUCCUGACUCGAAACAAUGGGGCAAUCUGGGACACGAGUAGGGUUCCGGCAGGGGCCCUACAGUUCCGGUUCUUGGUGACGGCCGGGUUCGAUGGGAAGACGGUUUGGGCAAAGAAUGUGCUCCCUGCUAACUGGAAACCUGGGAUGAUAUAUGACACAAGAGUUCAAAUCAUUGACAUUGCAAAAGAGGGUUGCUCUACUUGUGAUGAUGGGAUCUGGAAAUGA